UCCAGCCUCCCUUCAUCACCUCCGCCACCACCUCAGUCUGCAGUCUCCCUCUCUCCCUCCUCUCACCCCAUUCUGUCCCCCCUGGAAGAGGACAACAUCCUACCCCAGACCACCCUAGUUCCAACUAGACUACAAUCCAACAUCCUACCCCAGACCACCCUAGUUCCAACAAGACUACAAUCCAACAUCCUUCCACUCCACCUCUUCCCAAACAGACGAGGGGGAGAGAGGAGCUUCGCCCCCCCUCAUCCCCUCCCCCUCCCAACAUGCAGCCUCAGGGCCUGUAUGUAAGAGCCAUGGUACAGCCCAUCCCUAGAUUGAAAUCUUGAACCACUCCAGUUGUACUUUACUGAGUAAUGAAGUGAAGCUAAAUGUUCUGAUGUGAAACUGGGCUGGACCAGCACUGAACGGACAGGAGAGAACAGGAUGUGACCUCAGCAUCAGCCCACCUCACUUCCUGUUCAUCUCAACUAAUAGGAAGACUGGAUCACAGGCCUCAAAUUCCACAAUCACUCAAUCAAACUUUAUUUAUAAAAGCCUUUUUACAGCAACAUUUCUCACAAAGUGCUUUACGGUAGUCACCUUAGUAAACCUAUUUCUGACUUCCAGAGAGCAGGCAGCGGCACAGUGUCAAGGGAAAAUCUCCUUACAAGUGGAGAUGUGUUAGCUAACCUCUGACCUCUGACCUGUGUCUGGGCUUGGCUGCUUGUUGGAUCCAGGCUGUAGUAUUGAAUCUAGUGGCUUCUACUGACCGUAGCUAGGGCGUCAGCUUCUAGAAUGUUCUAUUAGGUUCUAGUACGUUCUAAUAGGAUCUAGUAUGUUCUGUUAUGUUCUAUUAGAUUAUAAUAUGUUCUCUUAGGUUCUAGAAUGCUCUAUUAGGUUCUAGUAUGUUCUAGUAGGUUCUAGUAGGCUCUACCAGGCUGUCUCUGGCCCUGUGCUGUGGCCUCCUGGCCUGUGGCCCUCCUCUCUGGCUCUAGCUUUGGGCGAGGCCCACGGUUCUCCCCCCUACCCUGCUCAACCUCCACCAUUCGCCCCUCCCUCGCCACGGCUGUCCUUCCCCCCCCCGCCCCCGCCCCCACCCUUCCUCCCCCUCCCAUCACCACCACUCCCCCAUCAUCACCAUCACCCCCACCCCUCUCAACCCCCAUCUCACCUCCCAUCUCACCCCCAAUCCCCUCCUCCCUCCUCCCCUGUGGUCACCAUGACGACCACUCCCACUGCUCGUGAGCAUCUCCUAGUGGUGAGGAGGCGCAACCCACACAUGCGUUAUACUCUCAGCCCUGAAAACCUGCGCUCCCUCUCAGCCCAGGGCGGUGAUGGCAUUGGCCCUAGGGGUCACGGCGGGGAAAGGUCAGCUGGUGAACGGUCAGGGGUCGGAGGUCAUGGAGAGGGUCAUGGUGGCGGGCUACAAAGGGCCAAUAGCGACACGGACCUGGUGACCUCGGAGAGCAGGUCAUCGCUGACUGCGUCGACAUACGAGUUCACGAUGGGGCGAGGCCAAAACCUGGUCAUCAACUGGGACAUCAAGGAGGAAGUGGACGCCACGGACUGGAUCGGACUCUACCACAUCGACGAGACGUGUCCUGCCAACGUGUGGGACUCUAAGAACCGCGGGGUGAACGGCACCCAGAGAGGACAGAUCGUCUGGAGGCUGGAGCCUGGACCUUACUUCAUGGAGUCUGAGACUAAGAUCUGCUUUAAGUACUAUCAUGGAGUGAGUGGAGGCCUGAGAGCAACAACCCCCUGCAUCACCGUCAACAACCCAGGACUUCCUGUUAGAGCCGAGGGUCAAGCUGAGGGCCAAUCAGUGACAGAGAACUGUCGGAAACUCGUCAGCUUCACUUUAUCAG